ACUCCACGUGGGCUAGACAGAGGGAGCGGGGCUCUUGCCUGGGGCAGCGGCAGAUCCCCACUAAAACGAUGAUCAGGCUGACCGAUUUUAGCAUUGAUGCCCCGCGCUGGGACCAGAACACUUUUCUGGGGCGCCUAAAGCAUUUCUUCAACAUCACAGACCCGCGGACGGUGCUGGUGUCUGAACAUGAGCUGGACCAGGCUAAGGCACUGGUGGAAAGCUGCAGGGCUGGCCUGGUACCCCCGGGAACCAGCCAGGAACAGCUGUUCUACGCCAAGAAGCUCUACGACUCUGCAUUCCACCCAGAUUCAGGCGAGAAGAUGAACCUGAUUGGGAGGAUGUCAUUUCAGGUGCCCGGAGGAAUGGCCAUCACUGGCUUCAUGCUGCAGUUUUACAGGACAGUCCCAGCAGUUGUCUUCUGGCAGUGGGUGAACCAGUCGUUCAACGCCUUGGUGAACUACACCAACAGGAACGCAGCCUGCCCCAUCUCACUCACGCAAAUCGGAGUGGCUUACGUCACUGCCACAAGCACAGCCCUGGCGACCGCAGUGGGACUCAACCUGUACACCAAGAGAGCCCCACCCCUCGUGGCGCGCUGGGUCCCGUUCGCGGCGUGGCUGCUGCCAACUGUUGUGAACAUCCCCAUGAUGAGACAACAGGAGCUCAUUAACGGGAUCAUGGUGACAGAUGAGAAGGACUGUGAGCUGGGCCAUUCCAGGGUUGCUGCAGUCAAGGGAAUUACCCAGGUGGUGAUCUCCAGGAUCGUCAUGGCAGCACCUGGAAUGGUUCUUUUGCCAAUUCUCAUGGAGCGGCUGGAGAAGUUCCCCUUCAUGAAGAGAAUUCAGGUCCUCCACGCGCCUUUACAAGUGAUGCUGGUCGGGGGCUUCCUCCUGUUCAUGGUGCCGGUUGCCUGCUCGCUGUUCCCACAGAGAUGCUCUCUGGCGCUGUCUAGCCUGGAGCCGGAGCUCCGAGCCACCAUCCAGGCCAAGCACGGGGACUGCGUGCCUUACGUCUAUUUUAACAAGGGAUUGUAAAUCGAGCCUCUACCUCGGGAGCCAUCCACGGCUCUGCACCGCGCUCCGUAGGGCCACCUGCAGCUGCAGGGCUGUAAGCUGGAGAUGGGCUCAGGACACACCAAUCAGACCUGGAUUCCCACCCACCCUUGGCUGCCAAAGUAUUGUGGGGUAGGGGCAGAUCUGUGGGUGACUUCUGGCUCCUCUUUGGUUUAACCCUGUAUCUUCUGCUCCCCUAACCAGAUUUGGGGCCUGCCUCUGAGUGACUGACACCUGCUGGGGGCACUCCGUCUGUUGCACCUCCUGCUGCCUUAACCCCUCCCCUUGGGUCUGACCUGUGGGAGGCUGGAACAGGACCUCGGCGUGCCCGGAUCCUGUUCUCUUAGGCUUUGGACUGAUGCCACCUGUUAAAGUGCCUGAGAACUGGUUUGAUUGCUGUAGGUAUCCCAGCCAGGCCCCCCGGUGCAGAGCACCUGGCUGAAGGCUCUUGCAGUCCUGUGCCCCUCUCUCUGUGACAGAUGACUGCUCUGUUCCCCUGUUUAGAUGGCUCCCUCCCCUGCUAGCAGGAUGGGGGUAGCUGGGGUAAUAUACUCAUGGUGCUAUCUCUCCUCUGUUCAGGGAGGCAUGAUGGCCUCUGCCAUCCCUGUUGCGGGUCAUAUCCAGUACACUUGAUGCCCAUUUCUGUCCAGCUGUGAACUGAAAUCUGCUCUCAGUUAAACAGGUGCCAUUACUCCAACUACACCCCAGAUUAAGUGAGGUCAGAAUUUGGCCCUGGUUUUUGUUCUCCUGCCUUCAGAAGGCACCAGCCUCUUCUGACUAACUAAUUAAUAACCAAAUGUGGUUGCAGCCUUAAAAAACAGCCAGGGCCUUUCUGUAAACAUGUAGGACCAGGUUGUCAGCAUUUGAGCAGUGCAAACAGAAAACUGCAUGUGCAGUUUGAGCACUUGCAUGCACAAGAACCGGUGUGUCUUGAAAACGUGUCCCUCACCCUCAAGUAUUUCAGGUUCCAGAUUUGUCUUGCUUUGCAGUCCAUGCAGUGGAGUGCAAAAAGCCCUGAUGUUUUUAUGCUCUCUCUUUUUUUUAAAUCCAUCGUACCAUUGCCUGUAAUUGGAAGAACGGAUGAUCACCACUGUUUGUUUGUGUAGGUCCUACCCAGCACUCAACACAAUCUACUCUUGGAGCUGUGCUGGCAUCAGUGCAACUGGGCCACAGAGUGGGGACAAGGUGGGAUCUCUGUAGAUUUCAGCUUCCUUUAAGGUGAGGGAGGAAAACUUCCUGAUUCACUAGAAACCUGCUGGGUAAGGAAAUGUUAGUUGUAAGCUUCUGAGUGGGAGAAGUUGUUACAAACAGCGGAGAGGGGGGUGGGAAAUAAAAUCUGAGGAUUUUUAAAACUGUCGCUGCCGUCGCUGUUGUGUUUUAUGUGGACACUUGCUUUAAAGAGCCUGCGAGGGACGUCUCUGUAUUUGUGAUGGCUGCUGAUAUUUGCAGCCUGAACUGCCUUGC